UGAGCUUGGACAGGGACGGAAGGAAGGCAGCGAGCGAGCUGGGCGGAGUGGGAGAAAGGUGGAAAGACUGGCGGAGCGCGGGCCGGAUCCUCGAGUUUUUCAGUCGCUUUUUUAAAGAAGGAAGGCUCAUGGUGCAAAUUGUUAUUUCUAGUGCGGGGGCUGGAGGCCUGGCAGAAUGGGUGCUGAUGGAACUACAGGGGGAGAUCGAGGCUCGCUACAGCACCGGAUUAGCUGGAAACCUCCUGGGAGACCUACAUUACACCACUGAGGGAACCCCUGUGCUGAUUGUGGGGCACCACAUCCUGUAUGGGAAAAUCAUCCGCCUGGAGAAACCUUUUGCAGUCCUUGUCAAACACACUCCUGGGGAGCAGGACUGUGACGAGCUUGGCCGAGAGACUGGCACUCGGUAUUUGGUGACAGCACUCAUCAAAAACAAGAUCCUCUUCAAAACUCGCCCUAAGCCUAUUAUCACCAACGUCCCCAAGAAAGUAUGAAAGAACCCCGGAUUUUCCUUAGAGAGCGGCCAACUCCUUGGACUCGUGCUCCAUUGCCACCUCGAGGACGGCUGGACGGUUCCCUGGGACCACAGGGAGGACCUGCUAUGAACACAGGCCACCCAAUGGGCGUGAACUCAGAUCCUUUCCUUAUGGCAGCAGGUUCUCUUGGGGGGAACCUGGCUCCAUUUCCAAGGAAUCCAGCUUCUUUUCCAAGUUCAUCAGGCUCACUGGCUUCAAAUCCAGCACACUUUCCUGCUGGUGCUCGUGACCCAAGCAUGGCUUCUUUUCCAAGAGGGAUGAAUCCCACUGGUACAGGUGCAGUUUCCUUCCCAAGGCCAGGUGGCCUUUUGGGACCGGGACCAGGACCAGGACCGGGUUUAAACCCUAGAACAGGGGGUCUUCCAGGCCCAGGACCUAUGUCUAACCCCAGAUUAGGAGGCCUUUCAGGCCCUGGUCAUAUGGCCAACCCAAGGGCAGGUGGGCUCCUGGGAACAGGUCCUGACCCCAGAAGUGGUGGCCCUAUGGGCCCUGGAUGUGCGCCGAACCUGAGGGCAGGUGUUUUAGCCUCUGGUACUGGUCCUCCCAAUCCUAGGCCAGUUGGCCUGGGCCCUGGACCGAGUCCUAAUCUGAGAUCAAGCUUUUUAGGUACAAACCCGGCUCCUAGGUCGGGUAUGUUUCCAGGCCCAGGCCUGGGGCCCAAUCCACGAGCAGGUGGCUUAGGUCCAGGCCUUGGGCCCAACCCGAGAGCUGGUGGCCUAGGCCCAGGCCCAAAUCUGGAUACCAGAGCAGGUGGCCUCUUGGGUACAGGAUCUGGUCUUAACUUAAGAAUGGCUGGACCUCAAGGCUUAGAUCUUGCUCCCAUUCUAAGGGCAGCAGGUCUUUUAGGAGCAAAUUCAGCUUCUUUCUCACAGGCUUCUGGAAACAUGGGCACAAACCCACCUACCAUGACAAGAGUACCUGGCCCCAUAGGACCAAACACAGGUCCUAGCUCUCGAGGAAUUGGCCUUCCGGGGCCAAAUCCCUCUGCCAUGUCAAGGGCUCCUGGCCCCAUGGGCCCUAAUUCAGCUCAUUUCUCAAGGCCAGGUGGCCCAAUGGGGGUAAAUGCUGGAGCCUUUCCAAGAGGGACAGGAUCAGGAGGACUGAACCCAGCUGCCUUUUCUCAGUCUUCUGGCUCACUGGCUUCAAAUCCAGGUACCUUUCAGAGGUCUGCUGGUCUCCAGGGCUCAAAUCCAGCAAUUUUCCCUAGAGCCUCUGGGCCACUAGGUCCCAACCAAGCUAACUUUCCAAGGGCCACUGGUCUGCAGGGUCCAAGUCCAGCUGCCUUCCCAAGGUCUGCUGGCCCAUUAGGCCCGGGUCAGGUUGCUUUCCCAAGGUCAGCUGCUGGGCACCUGGGCUCUUCUCCAGCAGGCCCUGUGGGUGUCAACCCAGCUCCUUUUGCAAGGCCAGCAGGAACCCUGGGUCUUAACCCAGCUUCCUUUCCAAGGAUGAAUGGCCCUGUAACCAAGACUUUGGUCCCAUUUCCUAGGGUAGGCAGCCUCCCUGGUUCAAAUCCAGCUGCUUUCCCCAGACCUGGGGGCCCAAUGGCUGCGAUGUACCCAAAUGGAAUGUUACCCCCUUAAAUAGCAUUUUUCUUCCAGGGCCACUUCGUUUUUCAAAUACUGUGGUUCUGGUCUGGGACUGUCUCUUAGAUAAAGGAGUAGAUCUGGAGCUACUGUCUGAAGAACAUAGCUGGGGGCUCAAGUUCAAAUGAGCCUUCUUUUUCCUCUGCUUUUUCUCUUGACUGAAGGCAAACUAUUAUUUGUGAGACAUGGACUAUGGCAGAUCGAAUGAUCCUGACUCAAGAAAAAGCAUCUCUGGCCUUCUGGACGCCUGCUGUGUGUUGUCCCACAGCUUUCUGCCCCUCGUUUCUUACUAGUUUCUUGACUUGUUCUUGUGGACUUUUCCUCAGGGAUGCACUGGCCUGCAGGUCCUAAUUCCCCCGCUCACUACUGGAGAAUUGGCUCACUUGCUGUCUAGUGAUGCUGCAUUGGUGAGCGGACCGUGCUUCAGUAACUCUGGCCUGGUCACCCUGGACCUGGUCAUGUUCUACUGCCAGACCUUUCCCUGGGGGCUUGAACACAGAACGGAGAGGUGGACAUUCAAGUCACAGGUCCACACAUUUCUGCUUGACUGGACCUGCAGCUCCUUUCUCCUGGGACUUAGGUGCCAGAUUUCAGGCUCCUCUGAUCAUCCAGCUCCCGUUCCACUGGUACUCCCUAUAAAAGAACCUCAAAACUUAAACUGAUGUGGAUGGGAAUUGGGGAAUUAGGGUGGGGGCGGAGGGAUGAAAGGGAGAAUCACUGUGCUUUGUUCGGCCUGAUGUGAAGGAUGGUUGGUGUUUUUCCUGCAUUGUCUCUUUUCUUACUGUUUCUUUAAUAAAUGGGAUGAGAGGGC